AUGAUUGACGCGGGCUUUUUUAAUUGUAAUGUGGGUGAUCGAGUCAUUUGCAUUUACUGCAAUGUGAUCUUGCAGCAGUGGACAACUAAUGAUGGUGAACCAAGCGAAAUUCAUAAAAUAUUAUCUCCAAAUUGUCCUUUUGCUAAAUCAAUUUUAACUACUAAUACUUCAUCAAAUAAUAUUCGAAUUUUAAAUGAAACAAGUCAGCAAUCGUCACUAUCACCUUCAACUCUUACCGCCACUGAUUUUUCAAAAACCAACUUUAUCCGUUCAAACGAAAUUGUUCUUACAGCAGCAUGUAAUUUAGGUUAUAUAGAAGUAACGAAACGACAUGCAUCAUUCAACACAUGGCCUCAAGAACCAUUACCAUCCGUGGAGAGUUUGGUUAAAUCAGGAUUUUUCUAUACAGGGACAAAAACGAUUGUGACAUGCUUUUAUUGCAAUGGUUCUUUACAAAACUGGGGUCCAAAUGAUAAUCCUAUGAUCGAACAUGCUCGAUGGUUUCCACAUUGUGCCUAUGCUCGUCAGUUGUGUGGUGAUGAUUUGUAUCAAAAAAUUCAAGCAUCAAAACGAGCUGCUCAAGAACGAACAAGAACAAAUGAACAGCAAACACCUUCUUCAUCAAAUAUUAAUGAAAACUCAAACAACGGUAUUAACAAUUCAACAAAAAAUGGAACUAACGCAAAUAGUCGACAAUUACAAAUACCCGAUGAGAGCACACUAUCAAGAUUAGUCGCUGCUCGUUUAGAUCUACCUAUUUCACAACAUUUAUUAAACAAGAAUAUAAAAUUAUCAAUUAUCAAACGUUGCUAUGAAGAUCAACUACGUUUGAAACGUCAGUGUAAAGCAAACUGA